AUGGGGAUGUAUGUUCUUUUAAAUCAGUUGACGACGUUUAAGAGGAGGAGUGCUGUUAAGGUGAGAGUGGUUCGAUCAUACACUGUAAUGGAAAGGAGAGGAUCCUCAGAAAUCAAAAGUAAAGAGUUGGUGCUGCACGACGAAGAGGCAACAGUAAUCCAUGCCUGUAUACCAAAGGACAUUUUACCAAAAUUUCCUGAAAGCUUUUUAGAAGGCAAUGUCUAUUGUUUCAAGAACUUUUAUGUCGUUGCAAAUUGGCAUACAUAUAAGACAAGCAUGCACGAGUUCAUGCUGCAGUUCAAUCACGAGACUAUCAUGAAACAUACUAGGUCAGAUAAUUUCCCUUACCACAUGUACAGACCCAGACCAUUCCAUAUUUUGAAAGGUAAUCCAUCGCUAGAUGCGAAGCAGUUGAUUGAUUUAAUUGGCCGUAUUGUUGAAAUACGUGCUCCCCAAGAAAAAACAAUUUCUGGGCAUAAUACUGUCCUCAUAGACUUUGUUUUAGAAGAUGCUAUGUAA